UGUGUCUGAACUCUGUGCAAUGGAACCCCAAACCUCAACCUUUCUCAUCAUACUCUUGCUGCUAUCCGACAACAUCAGCAUCUCCUACUGUGCUUCCUCCUCACUUUCACCAGAAACAUCGCCACCACCAGACAUCUCUCCAAUAAAAUCGCCUUCACCUUCAAAACCCACAAGACCUUCACCAUCCCCAUCUCUUCCUUCACCUUCAAAACCCACAAGACCUUCACCAUCCCCAUCUCUUCCUUCACCUCCAAAAUCUUCACCGUCACCAUCUGUUCGUUCAGAGCUUGACCCCAAACAGUUGCAGGCUCUCCGUUCACUCAACAUCCCAACAGCCAAAGAUCCCUGCUUUCAACCCUCCCUCCACAAUGCCACUUUCUGUGACUCCGGAAAGCCCUUCAGGCACCUUGUCUCGCUUCGACUCAUCAACUGCUCUGAUGACGUUCAAAUGUCCAUCACCGCCUUGAAAUCCCUAAGCACAUUGCAAGAUCUCCAGUUUCUAAACUGCCCAAUCCCACCUGUUCACUUCCCAGACGAGUUCAUUGCCAGUCUCCGCUCUUUCACCUGCGUCAACAGUCUCCAUAAGUUAACAGGUGUUUGGCUUGGCCGUCUUGCGAAUCUCACCGAUCUAACGGUCUCUCAAGUGAUGGUUAAUACCCGUGGACCAUCAAUCAUUCUAGGGAACAUGAAGAAGCUCAGAUCCGUAACCAUCUCCAACACCAAUCUUACUGGGAUUCUCCCCAAAAAAUGGCAUUUGAACCUUACCCACAUCGAUUUAUCCGGAAAUCGACUUAAAGGAAAGGUACCCACUUCGAUAACUCUUCUCUUGGAUCUUGAAUUCCUGAAUCUUUCUUCGAAUGCUCUUACUGGUGUGCUACCUUCUUCGUUGGGAGACCUGUUGUCUCUCAGAAAUGUAUCGUUUGCAUCAAAUUCAUUAUCCGGCCAAAUACCCGAUUCAAUGUCGGAGAUACCAGGUCUAGUUUAUCUUGAUCUGAGCUCAAACCAGUUCAAUGGAACAAUACCCAAGUUCCUAACUGAAAUGAAAGAGUUGAAGUAUCUCAAUCUUGAGCACAAUAACUUCCAUGGUGUGAUGCCCUUCAAUGGGUCUUUCAUAAAGAGGUUGGUCGUAUUCAAGAUAGGUGGUAACAGCAAUCUCUGCUACAACCACUCCACUAUAUCUUCGAAGUUGAAGCUAGGAAUUGCUCCCUGUGAUAAAGAUGGGCUACCUGUGUCACCCCCGCCAGACACUUCCUUCGAUUCAACCGGGUCUUCUGACGGUAGUAGCAGCGACGAUAGUUCUGAUAAUGAUUCAAGUCCACCCCAGAAUGAUCAUAGACACGGCCCGAGUAAGAUUGUUCUUGGAGUGGCAAUUGGGCUUUCGUCUAUUGUUUUUUUAAUUGUGUUCCUGGUUCUUCUCUCCAAGCGGUGUGGAUGAAAACUAGCAAUUAGAGGUGGGUUUUGUUCAAAUUACCAUAUAAUUUGAGAAAAGCAAGAGGUGCUUAUUCGUUCUUUUUUUUGAA